AUGUCUGCCCUGAGGCUGAUUUCUAACAGAACCUCCCAGCAGGCCUUGUCUAACUCUGAUUACACCUGGGAGUACGAGUACUAUGAGUACGGACCAGUGUCCUUUGAAGGCCUGAAGGCUCAUAAAUAUUCCAUUGUGAUUGGAUUUUGGGUUGGUCUUGCAGUUUUUGUCAUCUUCAUGUUUUUUGUCCUGACCCUGCUGACGAAGACAGGAGCACCACAUCAAGACAAUGCAGAACCUUCUGAAAAAAGAUUUCGCAUGAAUAGCUUUGUGGCAGAUUUUGGAAGACCUCUAGAGUCGGAGAGGGUCUUUUCUCGUCAAAUAGCUGAAGAGUCCCGGUCACUUUUCCAUUUCUGUAUUAAUGAGGUGGAACACUUGGACAAAGCAAAACAAAGUCAGAAAGGUCCAGGUCUGGAGAGUAAUGUCCACUUCCAGGAAGUUCCCAGGAGCAGUGGAAUGUUUGAGGAGGACCUAAAUUGUCUUACAAAAUUUAACAUUCCUAACUUUGUGAACACUGAGCAGAACUCUUCACUAGGUGAGGAUGAUCUCCUCAUCUCAGAGCCACCAAUCAUUUUAGAGAGCAAAUCAGUCAUGCAAUCUUCCCAUCGGAUCCUUGACUGA